UAUCCCAUAACAUUGUGUUUAUCCAAUUAUUGUUUUUAUUUGUUAACAAGAAUGCAAAGUCAUAUUUAUCAUACGAAAGUAUCAUUUUUUUGUUAUUACAAAAAGCAAAGGAAAUCAUUUUUUAAGUAGAGAAAGACUCAUAUGCGAAUGUAACAUUGAGUACAUAUUUGUAAAGAGCACAAAUAAAUACGAAAAAAUCUCGAAACGACUGCGUUUUAUAAAAACUUGGCUGGCAAGGCUACUCCUCUUAUAUUAAUUGAUUAGGGUGAAUAGGGUUUCUUAGUUAUCCAUUAAGAACGUUAGUGUUUCUCUAUUCAUAAUUCAUGUCUCUAAUUCUCAGCCGGCUGUCGAAGCUCCGUCUUGGGAAAUCUCGAAGAUCAACUCUUCCUCUACUUCUCUCUAAUGGAUUCUCUUCUUCCUUGAGGAAAAAGCAAACCCCUCCUUGUAUAAUCUUAGCUGAACCUUGUGAACCUUAUGAAGCCUUUCUAGGAAAACUCGUCAGAUACAACGUUAAUGAUAGAACCAUGACUAAGUUGGAAAAGAAGGUGCGUGCGGAGUUGGUGUAUAAUGAUAUAUUUGGUACAGUGGUAACGAUCGGGGCAUCUAAUGGAUGGGUAGCUACUUUGAAUGGCAAAGACGGAAUCCUGCGUCUCCAAGAUGAUCUAAACCCGUAUGCAUCGUAUACAGAUCCUAGACGCAUCCCUCUGCCUCCUCUUGUGACUCUUCCACGUUGCCAAACCCAGAUCGUCACCAACGUGUCAAUGUCCUCAUCUUCUCCAGAUGAUGAUGAAGACUGUGUUGUGGCUGUCAAGUUCUUGGGACCUCAGCUCAGUUUUUGCAGACCAGCUCAUAGUAGAAACGAGUGGGUCAACAUCAGGAUCGAUAACCCUUGCUUCUUCUCUUCUCGUGUUAUGUUUUCCAAGAAAGACAACGUGUUUCGCAUUCUCGGAGCUGGAGGCCACAUCAUGGGAUCAUGGGAUCUCCAGAAUCACAAACACAAGAUUCAGAGGUUGCGCUUUGAAAACAUUCCCGAGUUAACCAAGACCACCAACGAGCUUAUGGAUUCGUGCUGCACGUACGAGCACUUAGUGGAGUCAGUAACCACCGGUGAAACUUUCAUUGUCAAACAAUACAAGAAGAGUAGCGAGAUAGACAAAGGUGUUGCCAAAAUGAAAACAGAAAAUUUAAUGGUGUUCAAGCUAGACGGUGAAGGACACGCGGUUCACACUCGAGACAUUGGAGGUCUUGUCAUUUUCCUCUCAAUGUCUGAACCUUUUUGUGUCCCGGCUAGCUCUUUUCCUGACCUGUUCCCUAACAGCGUCGAAAGCUUGGAUGCAUGCGAAAAUGGAUUUUUCGAUCUAGCUGACUACUACGUUGUUACAACUAUUUCUCCAACGGCGGCCCCUUAUUUUAUUCCACCACAGAAUAUAGACUAGUAAGUCUUACAAGUAAUAGUCAAAGACAUGCAUCCACAGUUAAAAGCUUUGAUAUAUUAAUAUUCACUAGCAGAUUCCGCUAUGACCUCUUGGUGUCAUUAUAAAUCAUAGCUUGUUUUUGUUGUUCCAGUUUUGAAGUUGCAACCAAGAUAAAAUUUGUGUUUCUUUAUUGCAUUUGUCCCUUCAGUAUUACAUAAAAAAAUAAUCGUUUUUCUUUGCGUUGAACUCACUAUGAAUUUAUUUUGACAAGGGUAAUCAACUUCUUAAUUUUAUACACGCUCACAUGUUUGUCUGAUCAUGCACAUUUGUAACUCACACUUGUUAAAGAAAAAAAGUUAGUUAUAUUGGGUUCGGUUUGAUGCCUUUCUGUCAUAGGGCAUUUCCAUCGGUUUUUUUUUCAAUUAUAUUUUUUUGUCAGCUUAUUUUCAGUUAUAUUUAUACAUUUCAAAAAAAAAAUUGUUGGAUAUUUUACUAAUUUCGCAUAUAAAAAUGAUUUUAAAUGAUAUAUUCUUUUUAAUUAAAAUUACUGUUACAAGAUAAAAUAUGACAAUAUGUCAUAUACAUUUUUGUUUGCAUAAAUACUAUGCCAUAUAUAUGGUUUAAAAGGAAAAUAAAAUUACAACUAUCAUAAAGAUUUGAAUUCAUAAACAAUAUGAAUUAUACCUUUGAAGUUUUCCACCACCAAUUCAUUAGAAGAUAUGGGUAUAAGAGAGAUUGACUACUAACUUAACCACGAAUCGGAGCUGCGCACAAAACUUAACCAUGAAGUCAAUUUCUGACUAUAGAAAGAGAGAUUGACUAAAUUUAUUAGAAUAUUUUGCGAAUUUUAAAUUGCUGUUUGUACUUUAGUGCAUUGCAGCCUGCAUAAAUAAAGAAAA